GUAUCAAACAUGGAGACAAAAACAAUCACCACGCGAGCAGGAGAAGUGGAACAGUGCUACUAGGGCAGCAACCAGUGGCGGUGUAUGCCAUCUUCCAUUGUUAUGAACUUUUCACUGGGCAUACAUUUUACUCCUUCCGUACCGCAAAAAUUUCUGUUCUUUCCAUUUUAAUCGCUACCAAAAAACUUGCACAAUCCUUUAAAUGAAAAGAAUAUGUUGCUUAGAAAAGUUCUCUUUCAUCUUUACAAAUUCCAACCACACUUGUUUUUCACUUUUCCACACUUUUUCUUAAACUCCAUGAAAAUGAAACACAUUAAUUUUUUUAUGGUGCUGAUCCAUAAGAUAACAGAAAAAUGUUACAUCUGUUCAUUGAGACGAAAUUUUAGGGUUUCGCAGGAUUUGAUGCUCAGAGAGCUGAGACAUCCCAAUGGGGACCCUGAAGUAUUGGCAGCUCAGUCUAUGAAAGAACACAUAAAGGUGUGCUUUUGUGUUGAGCCAAACUUCCAAGUAAGGUUGAAAAACAAACUGCAGCUGCUCACCUUAGGCAUUGGUGGUGUCGGUGUCAUCUCAGCAUAUGUUUCAUAUUCUCCCGAAGUUGCAGCAAGCUAUGGCGUCGGCUUGCUUGGGUCAUUGGCAUAUUUGCGCAUGCUUGGGAACAGUGUGGAUUCCAUACAAACGCAAGGAGCCCCGGUGCUCGUGAAAGGAGCUGUAGGGCAGCCAAGCCUAUUGAUUCCUGUUGCUUUGGUUAUGAUCUAUAACCGGUGGAACGGGAUUGUGGUCCCCGAAUACGGACUGAUGCGCCUUGAGUUGAUCCCAAUGUUGGUUGGAUUUUUCACCUACAAGAUUUCCGCUUUCGUCCAAGCCAUUGAAGAUGUAUUGCAGGGAUGGGAUGAGGUGGAGCCGGGAUCUCUUGGAAACAGCCUCCCUACUUCUGAGUAGGGCAAGGUCUGUGUACACACACCCUCCCCAGACCUGAGUUGUUGUUUACUCUUAAAAUUUAUUUUUUUAAAAAAUCUCUAUUUUUCCCUUAUAUUAGACAUUUAUCACACUCUUUUCCUUGGGCACUUAUCGCACAAAGUGCGAUAUUAGCUAGUCCUUUAUAUAACUUUAUAACUUUAAGAAAAGAAAAAUACACAGUACCG